CUGGAUUAUCACACCAACGAACCAGGUUCGAAUCCCAGCAAAACCCUAACAUGAAGAUUCUUUCACAUUCUGUGUUGCUGUGAAACAUAACUAAUAGACCAGUUCACAGAUACGGCAAAACGCAAGGAGUUGUGGGAAAGGUCAAAGGUUAAGGCCACAUAAAUGAGCAGAAGUAUAGCAGAGGUUACAGGCUCGCUGUGGGGACACUGUUGUGUUAUCGAUUGCUACAACGGACGUCGAUUUCUUGAACAGUGGAUGCGAGAAGACUGCAGUGUACAUUUAAGAUUCAAGCACAAUGUUGGCGCCUGCACAUGCCCUCCACCUUUCUUGCUGUUGACCUUUCCUACUGAACGGCAGAAUCCUGAUGCACGGAAGGAAUGGAUUCGGCGCAUUAACAGGAAGGACUGGAAACCAGACAGAAAGUCUAGGAUCUGCUUAAAACACUUUGCUGAGGACCAUCCCACAGCAGAAAAUCCAUACCCUUCACUUGAGAUGGGCUACACCUCAGGCUCUGCCUUCAAGAAAGCCCGCCCACCACCAAAGACAAGAAUUCCCCCUAAAGUCACCCAAACUGCUAUCCCCGAACCAGAUGAACCAGUUGAUCAACUGCAUGAUUCACAUAUUUGUGGAGCAUCUUGCAUGCCAUCAAGCACCGCUAUACAGAGUGAGCACUGUUAUAACGCUACACUUAAUUGUGAAAGGUGCACAACUCUGAGAAAGACCAUAAUCCGGCUAACACAGAAAAUCAUGCAAGACAAACACCUCCACAAACCAGGAUUGAUCUGUUUGAAAUUCAUCAGUACCAAUAAAGAUGUUCGCUUGAACACAGGACUUCGUAGUGUGGAGGCAUUGGAAGACCUCUACCAGUUCCUUCUUCCGAAACUAAAGCAGGUUUCAUUUUGGAGAGGGAAAAAGGUACAUGUUAUCAGCCAAAAAAAAAGGCAUUCGCAAGUUCCAGCACAAACCAGGCCCUCAACGUCGACUAGCAUGCAAGGAUGAGUUGGUGUUGGUGCUGAUGAAAAUGCGACUUGGGCUGACCAACAAUUUCCUGUGCAACGUGUUUGGAAUUUCUGCUGGCCUUUGUUCAAUAAUACUGAACACCUAUGUCCCCUUCAUGGCUAACCAGUUGAAAAACUUGAUCCAUUGGCCAAUUAAGAGCAGCAUUCAAGAGCAGAUACCUGCCUCGAUGAAGAAGAAGUAUCCCAACCUGAGGUGCACAAUCGACUGUACCGAAAUCUUCAUCGAGCACCCUCACCAUCUAGGUACUGCACAGGCUACUUGGAGUGAUUACAAACACCACCACACCAUCAAAUACCUGGUAGCUAUUACACCAAAUGGAUCCAUCUCCUUCCUUUCAAAGGGCUAUGGUGGCAGAUCAUCUGACAAGAGUGUUGUCAAGUCCUCUUGCUUCCUGGACCUCAUUGAUCCUGGUGACCUCAUCCUGGCAGACAGAGGCUUCAAUAUUUUCCCAGAUGUAUAUUUGAAGCAUGCUCACUUGGAGAUCCCACCACCUGGUUCUGGAUGCAUUCAACAAACUGCAGAGGCUGUUAAGAAAACCAAGAAAGUUGCCAAUGCCAGAAUACAUGUGGAGCGCGCUAUAGGUCGCAUCAAGUGGUUUUCCAUCCUGACAAGAGCCAUCCCCAUCACCCUUGUCCCCCUACUGGAUGACAUUGUCACAGUUUGCGCUGCCCUGUCAAACCUCCGUUCACCCCUUGUACAGAAGUAGUGCAAUGCCCUGUUCAUGUAUCAGCAGAGCCGAAUCUACUACUACUUUGGCAUGGUUCACAGCCCAAUCUUGUCACAACACAAGGGUAUCACUGCUUCAUCAAGCUGCUCAUUGGCAUUGGGCACACCAAUUCUCGUAAGAUCACCAAAGUUAAGCAAUGUCGGGCCCGGUUAGUACUUGGAUGCAUGUGCUCUCACUUUGAAAAGAAUGACAAUGCAGACGCAAGCCAUAUUUGUCUGAAACAUUGCUAUAUUAAUAACUUUUUGAUAUCUUGCAAUCAGUUCAUUGUAU